CGUGCCGUUCGGCCUCUGGACAGGUACGGAAUGCUGGAAUGCAGUGCCUGUGUAACACGCGCCGAUGUAUUGGUGAUUGUUCAGUAGCCGUGUGACUCGCAGUCCUCUGGAGGCACGUCAUGGCAGACAUACUGAACGCGACAGAUAUGGCGAGCCUCCAUAUUCAUGCGUCGUUCUUAGAAGAAACAACUACUUAAAGUCGCAUUCUCGUACAGAGAAUUUCAGCGGAGACAUCCCUCAGCCUCUUCGCAAACCACCAUACGGGUUUGGUAUUCAUCUCGGGUCUUGCUGACAUGGUACUCAUCACGCCCCUGAUAUCUACCGUCCUUUUGGGCCUCGUUGGCACGGCGGUGGUAGCUUUGCCCGUCAGUGUAGGCGAAAGUGAGGCCCGAGCAGUCGUAUCCUCACCACCCCAGAAGCGUUACAGUCCUUCUGCCCCGUACUUUGUGGAAUACUUCGACGCGUAUGCGUCAGGGGUGACCGGUGCCCCGCCCGUCUCCGAUGUGUCGGGCUACAACGUCUUCAUCCUCGCAUUCUUGCUGAUCGAGGGCGCUUGGGAUAACGCCGAAGGCUGGACUGAGCUUACCGCGGAUGAGCGCUCAUCGACAAAGUCGGAGUACAACGACGCUGGCAUCGCGCUCAUGGUCUCUUGCUUCGGCUCAAGUGACACCCCGACAACGAGCGGCGCGGAUCCAACUGGCACCGCUAAUACCAUGGCUGCUUGGGUUGUCGAAUACGGCUUGGAUGGGAUUGAUGUCGAUUACGAGGACUUCGACGCGUUCGAUGCUGGAACCGCCGAGGCCUGGUUGGUGACAUUCACGACCCAGUUGCGGAACCAACUCCCAGCGGGCGACUAUAUUAUCACGCAUGCACCGGUCGCCCCUUGGUUCUCGCCGAAUCUAUGGACGAAUGGAGGUUAUCUACAGGUGGACUCGGAAGUCGGCAGCUUGAUUGACUGGUACAAUAUUCAGUUCUACAACCAGGGUAGCACCGAGUACACGACGUGCUCCGGCCUGCUCGACGAGUCGAGUUCCACUUAUCCCGAAUCUGCGCUGUUCCAGAUCUCGGCAAACGGUGUUACCCUCGACAAGCUUGUCAUCGGCAAGCCCGCAACGACCGGAGACGCAAGUACAGGCUACAUGAGCCCCUCCACACUGGCGACGUGCGUCGAAGACGCUAUGAACGAGGGCUGGGAUGCUGGUGUCAUGGUUUGGCAGUAUCCUGAUGCAGGCACUUCGUGGAUCACCACCGUCCGCUCUGAUUCUUGGCCCGUGUAAGUGUUGUGCAUAGUGCGCUCAGCACGCACACCCGAAAGACCCCCUUUCCUUACGAAGCGCAAUGUAUUGAUGUAUAGUGGCAUACUGCUUGAUUAGUGAGGUAGGGAACGAGACGCCUCAUAGCCUUGCUAAAGCAACGUGACAGAUGAACACCAC